GAGAGGCAGCCGGAGCAGCGGCACCCCCAGCCCGGCCCAGCGCCAGGCGGCCCCCCGACCCUCCCUCCACCCGCCCGUCGGGCAGGAGGGCAGCAGCGGCGGCGGCAGGAGCGGCAGAAAUACCAAUAAACUGGAAACCUCCGCGAUGGAUUUCAAAAGUAACUCGCUGUUGCUCCCCAAGAAAGGUGCCAACCACAUCAAAAUGAAGCCGGUCCCCGAGAUCCUGGGGGGUCCCACCGGAAAGCCGCCCAGCUGCGAAGUGAGCCGGGAGUGUUCUGUUUACCUGGGCAAGACCCACCUUUCCGCCACACUACAGGACGAUGUCAUGCCGAAAUACAACGGCCGCGACACCCUGCCCUUCAUCCCCGUGGAGAAGCUCCAGGACCUGACCUCCCGCGUCUUCAACGGGGAAUCGGGGGCGCAGGAGGCCAAGCUGCGAUUCGAGCCUCAGGAAGUCAGGGAAGCCGCCACGCCCCCCAACACUACGCCGGCCAAGAACGGCUCGCCGGAAAUCAAACUGAAAAUCACUAAGACGUACAUGAACGGGAAGCCCCUCUUUGAGUCCUCCAUUUGUGGCGACAGCGUGCUGGAGGUCGCUCAGGCGGAGCCAAAUCCGGGAAGCAAGGAGAAGAGGAGCAGGAAGAGGAGCAUCAAGUACGACUCCCUGCUGGAGCGAGGAUUCGUGGAAGCGGCUCUGUUGUCCAGUUCGUCCGGUUCCUCUGACGAAAAGAUCUCUGCUGAGGAAGAGGAGGAAGAAGAGGAGGAAGAAGAAGAAGGGUCUUCUCUGGUGGCCGGGAAGGAGGAGAAGACGCUCCUGCUGAAGUACAGCGUGGGAGACGUGGUCUGGUCCAAGGUGUCUGGAUACCCCUGGUGGCCCUGCAUGAUCUCCACAGACCCCCUCCUCCAUACCUUCACCAAGCUCAAUGGGCAGAAAAAGAGUUUCCGCCAGUUUCACGUACAGUUUUUUGGGGAUGCGCCAGAACGAGCCUGGGUGUUUGAAAAGAGCCUGGUCGCCUUCAAAGGGGAGGAGCAGUUUGAGCAACUGUGCCAGGAAAGUGCCAAGCAGUCGACUAACAAAGCAGAGAAAAUAAAGAUGCUCAAGCCGGUUUCGGGAAAGCUGCGUCCCCAGUGGGAGAUGGGGCUCAAGCAGUCCAAAGACGCCCUCUCCAUGGGCCUGGAGGAAAGGAAAGCGAAGUACACUUUCAUUUACAUCCGGGGCAGGCCGGUCCUCAACCCCCAGGUGGCGAAGGAAGCCGGACUGGCGGUGAAGUCGUUGGAAGAGAUGGAUAAGAUUUACUCGGACGAAGACCUUUCGCAGAGUCUGAAGUCCAGCAAAGAAUACGACGUCCCGGCCAAAAGGGGGAGAAGGACCAAGGCGCUUUGCACGAGGGAAUCGGACGACUUCGCCCCCAAGGCCGUCCCGAGCACCCCUCCCGAAAGGAACCCGGAGGAGAGAGGCGCGGGGGGCUCCCCUUUCGGGAGGAAGAAAGUGAUUCCCUACGCUCCCCGGAGUCGGAAAAGCGACGGAGUCCCUCAGUUCCUGGUCUUUUGCCAGAAGCACCGAGAUGAGGUGGUGGCUGAGCAUCCUGACGCUUCCUGCGACGAAAUCGAGGAGCUGCUGGAGUCACAGUGGAACAUGCUUAGUGAAAAACAGAAAACACGCUAUAACACAAAAUUUGCCCUAGUGACCUCUCCCAAAUGUGAAGAAGACACUGGUUCAGCCCAGCGGAGUUUGACCAAGGCCAAACCUAAAGCCUUUCAAGGAUCACGUAAAAGAAGAUCAAGAUCCAGAAGUAACUUAUAUGGAAAUAAAAGGAAACCUGUAAAGAGGACAAGGAAACCCACGGAAGAUUUUGAAGGUCAAGAAGCCCCCAGGAAAAGGCUGAGGAUGAUGGAUAAGAAGAAGGAUCAGAAGAAGGAGAGGAGCAAUGACAAAACCGCGAAAACAAACUCUGCUAAAGUCACAGAAACCUCACAAAAGAAGCAGUCAGGCCUGUCCGAUGCCUGCAAGCCACUGAAGAAACGGAAUCGGGCCUCGGGACCAGAAUCUUCGCAUCUCCCUUAUAGCAAAAGUUCGUCUCCUUCCGCGUCCCUAACUGAGAACGAGAUUUCAGAUGGCCCAGGGGACGAAAGAUCAGAGUCUCCCUACGAAAGCGCCGACGAGGGACUUGGCGAGGCCUCCCAGCUCUCCAAGAAGUCCGACCGAGGGGCCACAGCCAGGAAGGAGUUUGUUUGUCAGGUCUGUGAGAAGCCCGGGGAAGUGAUGCUGUGUGAGGGACGCUGUCUUGGGGCCUUCCAUGCCAGCUGCAGCGGCCUCUCCGGGAGGCCCAAAGGACGCUUCGUGUGCGGCGAGUGCACCUCAGGGAUCCACACGUGUUUCGUGUGCAAGGAGAAGCAAUUGGAAGUUAAGCGCUGCAUCGUCUCUCACUGCGGGAAGUUUUACCACGAAGCCUGUGUGAAAAAGUUUCCCCUCACCAUGGUGGAAAACCGGGGCUUUCGGUGCCCCCUGCACAGCUGCGAGAGUUGCCACGUGGCGAAUCCUUCCAACCCCAAAGUAUCUAAAGGCAAAAUGAUACGCUGCGUUCGCUGUCCGGUGGCUUACCACGCAGGAGACAAUUGUGUGGCGGCUGGUUGUGCGAUGCUUUCCUCCAGCACCAUUGUGUGUACCAACCACUUCACUGCCACCAAAGGGAAAAGCCACCAUGCCCACGUGAACGUCAGCUGGUGUUUUGUCUGCUCAAAAGGGGGGAGCCUGUUGUGUUGUGAGUCUUGUCCCGCUGCGUUCCAUCCCGACUGUUUAAACAUUGAAAUGCCGGACGGAAGCUGGUUUUGCAACGACUGCAAAGCGGGGAAGAAAAUCCAUUUCCAAGAUAUUAUUUGGGUCAAACUGGGAAAUUACAGGUGGUGGCCGGCCGAAGUCUGCCAUCCCAAAAACGUGCCCCCAAACAUCCAGAAGAUGAAGCACGAGAUUGGAGAGUUCCCCGUCUUCUUCUUUGGCUCCAAGGACUACUACUGGACCCACCAGGCUCGAGUCUUCCCCUACAUGGAAGGAGACCGGGGAAGUCGAUACCAGGCCAUUAAAGGGAUCGGAAAAGUCUUCAAAAACGCUUUGCAAGACGCGGAAACACGCUUCCGAGAGAUAAAAUUUCAACGGGAAGCCAAGGAAACGCAAGAAAAUGAACGCAAACCUCCCCCUUACAAGCAUAUCAAGGUCAACAAGCCCUUCGGGAGGGUCCAGAUCUACACGGCGGACAUUUCGGAGAUCCCCAAGUGCAACUGCAAACCCUCCGAUGAAAACCCCUGCGGCCUCGACUCCGAGUGCCUCAACCGGAUGCUGAUGUACGAGUGCCACCCGCAGGUCUGCCCGGCCGGGGAGCGCUGCCAGAACCAGUGCUUCACCAAGCGCCAGUACCCCGAGACCAAGACCAUCCGCACGGAGGGCAAAGGCUGGGGCUUAGUCGCCAAGAGGGACAUCAAAAAGGGUGAGUUCGUGAACGAGUAUGUUGGGGAGGUGAUUGACGAAGGAGAAUGCAUGGCGAGAAUCAAAUAUGCUCAUGAAAACGACAUCACGCACUUUUAUAUGCUCACCAUCGAUAAGGACCGCAUCAUCGACGCUGGGCCGAAAGGGAACUAUUCUCGCUUUAUGAAUCACAGCUGCCAGCCCAACUGCGAGACCCUGAAAUGGACGGUGCAUGGAGACACACGCGUGGGCCUGUUCGCCGUCUGCGACAUUCCUGCAGGGACAGAACUAACCUUCAACUACAACCUUGACUGCCUCGGCAAUGAAAAGACGGCGUGUAAAUGUGGUGCUCCGAACUGCAGCGGCUUCCUGGGAGACAGACCAAAGAAUUCAUCCUCCAACGCCUCGGAAGAGAAAGGAAAGAAGGCCAAAAGAAGAGCAAGAAGGCGUAAAACGAAAAGUGAAGCCAGGAAGAAAACAGAGGAUUACUGUUUCCGCUGUGGGGACGGAGGGCAGCUUGUCCUGUGUGACCGCAAGUCUUGCACCAAGGCCUAUCACCUCUCCUGCCUUGAUUUGGUAAAGCGUCCUUUCGGCAAAUGGGAAUGCCCCUGGCAUCACUGCGACGUCUGUGGCAAGCCCUCAGUUUCCUUCUGCCACUUCUGUCCCAAUUCCUUCUGCAAGGACCACCAGGAGGAGGCGGAACUGGAGUGCAACUGGAGCGGACAGUUGUUUUGCCCCGACCACAGCGGGGAGAAUUUUGCGGAGAAGAAAGCCAGGCGGCCUCCUAGGAAACUUGCUUCCCUCAAAUGCAAACGGCAAACGAACAAGUGGAAGAAGCGGACAUAAUAUUGAGAGGAAACAACUCUCCCCACCAGUCCCGCUUGCCCAAGGUUGUCUUGUAAAUAAGUUGUGAAUAGGGUCAGGGAAGGACACAUUUUCACACGUCUUGCGCAAGAACCGGGGCUGGGAAGGGGGGAGGGGAGCGAUUUUUAAACCCACUGAGCCAACCGGCGGGCAAGGCGCCUGCCGCAGCUGCACUGAUCAUGACCUCUGGCCUGCCAGGUUCAGACGUUUCAGGACAAACCAGGUUUUUCUCUCCAGAAAUAAUGAGAAUACUUGAACUGUUAGGAAUGAAAACAGUUCUUCUUCCCCGCCUCCUCAGCGGAGGUGUGUUGAUAUCCGACCGGCGACGGUGUCUGUGGACAGGUCUCCUCGUAGCUUUUGGAAUAGUAGCCGCCGUCCCCGCUCGGAAGCCUUUGGGUAGAGGGCGAGAGGCGGACCUCGACUAGCUUUGGAAGCCCAAUGUGGGGAGGAGACCCGCUUGACGGGAUCGCAUUAAAUAAGAAGGGGGGAGGGCGGGGGAGGUGUCGUGCCAUGGCUUUUGAUUUUGUUGUUUUAAUUGUGAUAACCUUCUGUCAAGACAAGGGAGCAGCGGACCUCUUGAACCCCGGGGCAAGCUCCGGAAGGAGGCUCCGGCCCACCUGUGCCUCAGGUCAACUCUUAGUUCCAAGAAGAAGAAGAAAAGAAAACUUGGAUUACCAGUGUCCUCUUUUAAAUGGAUAUUAAAAAUCUGUGCCCAAUUUUUUAGAUCGUGUUUGCAUAAUAAAAGUAUUUCCAAAUCAAAGCCACUUGAGGUCUCCUUUGAGAAGCAGGAAGGAAUAAAGCCACGCUGGAAGCCAAACGAACUCUUCCGGAACAGUCUUCCCUUUUGCCCCCAUCCGUCUUCUGGCUAAAAGCGAGAUUUGAAACCCGACAGACGGGCAUUUUGAAGGACCGGGAAGGAGGUGAAAUAGGAUAACCGUCCCUGUCCUCCCAAGCGGCUCCUCGUUGCUUCUCCUUUCGGAAGCCCUUGUGGGGGUUCCUUUUUCUCCAGGGGCCCCGACGGGAUCCAGGCCCUUCCUUCCUUCCACCUGCUCCCCCUCCUCUCUCCCCCAGCUGAAUCUCCAUUGUUGGUGGACUCAGCAGUCAUGAAAUGGUUAACUCCGUUCUCAUCCAGUGGGAUUUGAGUCUGAAGAUUUGCAAAUCCCGCUUUCUUCACUGGCCUCACCAGCUUUCUUAGACUCCCUGUUUCAAGGGAUAACCUGCUACUCUAGUUCUCUAGCUAUAAGAAACCCCCCCCCAAAAAAAACAUCCUUUCUUCACUGAUUUCUCCCCUGACUUCUUUUAAUCUAAAGCAGCAAGGCCACAGGAGCCUUGCAGACGUGAGGGCUUUGCUGUGGGGUGCUUUCUGCUCCCCCUCCUCCAUUUCAGACCUUAUUUGGGGGGGUGAGCUCUGGAGGCGUCGGGAAGUCCCAGGUGUGUGUGGGGGGGUGUCUCUCUGGCUCAGCCUUCGCCCCACGCGGCUGCUAGAGCUGCCAGUGAAAUUUCUCUUCAGGCAGCCGCCAUUUUGAAUGAUCUAAAAGUUGCAGCCACCAUUUUGUUUAGGCGCAAAAGGCACCUGACCUCAGAAGAAGACCGGCAGGCCUCUCCAUUGUGGGCGGCUGGUGGAACACCAGUGGUCGCCCUGCAGAUGCGGGCGGCCCUGGGAAGCCCCCCUGCGCCUUUGCAGGCCCAUUCCCUGAGGGUAGUGGGCAACUGGAGCUGGAUCACACCGCAGCAGAGCUGCAGCCUCCUGCCACUGCCGCUGGGACCAGGGUGAGCCAGCAAGGCUGGCUGCACAAGGCCGGAGAACCCAGCACCAGGCCUGCAGGGCACAUAAAUAUGGAGGGUUCCCCAGGGGAGGUGAUUUCCCAUUCUUCCCCUCUGGAAGAGGCUGUUGCAGGGCCUUCAGGGGUACCGUCCCCCAUCAGAAAGAGGGCUGCCCCUCCUCCCAAAGCUGGGCCUUCUCAAAAAGCCUCUAAGGCAUCACAACUGGCAGAAGAGCCCUGGAUCGUGAAUUUGCCAGAGCUCAGAAGGAGGCUGAGAAAUAGCUUCCCAAAUUACUGUGCAGGUCCAAGUCCAUUCUCUGCCCUCUGAAGAGGUUUCUGUCUCUCCUGAUCCUCUUCUGCCCCAGGAGUUGUCCACUGAUAGCGGGGAGGAAGGUGUGAUCAUUCCCGACUCCCCCAGGGGCAGUUUGUGCCAGGCUGUGACUGAUACUCCCACCGUUGGGAUCCAUCCGGGGUCUCAACCUGACAUGGCCGCCAUAAUUUCUAAGGCCAUUCGCCAGGGCAUAGCGGCUAGUAUAGCAAUAGCCAUAGCAGUUAGACUUAUAUACCGCUUCAUAGGGCUUUCAGCCCUCUCU